AUGGCGGCCGAUCCAGGCUCCGACCUCGAGGAGGAAGCAGCCGACGUUCCCUACCUCCUCUGGACCUUACCCCAAGAGCUCCGCGACAUGAUCUACGAACUCGCCUGCGACUUCGAGGUCACCAUCUUCUCGACCACCAGAAAGUCCGCCGUCACGACGUGGAACCCCGCUGCCGACAUGCGACUCAAAGCCAAGCAGACUAACAUGGGACUGCUAUCGGCGUGCAAGCAGCUUCGUGUCGAGGCGCGGAAGGUCUGGUACAAGCACACCCUCUUCACGUUUUCCAGCCCCAUCGCAUGUGCGACCUGGUUCAAGCGCCACGUGCCGGCGCAGUUCCAGAGCGUCGUCAAGCACCUCCGAGUCACUUCUCCUGGCGCUGAAGGCAGAUGGUUUUCUCUCGUCAAGCAAGGCGGUCGAAUGCCUCUAGGCAGGCUUAUGGCAAUCGAAAUCAAGUAUCGAGCUAAGGAGACUCUUUUGAGUGUUCGGGCCCAGAUCCGUGAGCCCCUGCUGUCUGUGCUGCCGCCGGAUGCUUUGCAAGUAGAGAUGUUUGACAGCAAGUGGACGCCUGUCUGGACCUCGACGCCGGAUGAGGUGGAGUUGCCGAGGACUAAGAUGAAGCCGGCUAGGUAUUUCUUCCCAUACUACGCAAAUUGA